AUGGUUACUUUCGCCCUUCCCGGCGAGUACGACGCCGCGGAUGCUGGAAGCAGCACUCCCAUGUCACGUCCUCCUCUGCCCUUCGCGAAGCGCACCUACGUCGCGACGCCAUAUGCCCACAAGCGCCUGGGAACGCCUCACACAGCUCCAUCGCGUAAGCUGCUGAUAAAGCGUGAUGAAGUAUCAUCGGGCUCCCUGAACCGAAACGGCGUCUCCUCCCGCAGCAACCUCUUCAAAGCCUCCGUCGCCGAGGACCUUCCGACGAGUUCCUUCUCGCCCAGCAUCCCUCAGAGCACGAUGAAGAAGGUCUUCGCCCCUGGUGUGACUCCCGAGCCGAGUCGCGUUUAUCGCGAGUCCACUGCUCGCCCGACGCCUCGCGGCUUGGCCGCUCACUCCUCAGACAAGGAGCUGUUCAACAUGCGAAUCUCAUCGCCGCCUCCAGAACUGACCGGCGAAGUCUUGGCAAACAAGGUGCCAAAGGACUGGAAUUCUAAGGGAUCCAUCUAUGCCGAUCAGUUUUUGGCCCAUCUCUGUCCUCCAGACCUCGACGACGAGCAGCGUCGCCAGUUCUUCUGCAUUCUCGAUCUCCGUCGACUGAAAUAUGCCGCCAACGAGAUCUUCUCCAAGAAGACUUGGAAGCUCAACAUUAUGAACUUUGCCAAAGAGUUUGAAAAGAGCCGAAGCAUUAUUCUGCUUCGAUAUGGACUGUACGAGUUCCAGAGCGUUAAGCCGUCCAAGGAAGUUCUCAAGAGAUGGCGACGAGAACAUGGCCUGCCCGAUCCCGAAGAAGAAGAGGAGGAGGAGGAGGCCAGCGGCACGCCGAGCAAGCCAACGUCCAUCAAGAAGCGAAAGGCUGAUGAUGACCUUUCAAAGGAGACUGCUGAUGCGACUGAGAAUGUGGCAACAGCGAGCAAGCGAAGGGUUACCGUCACGGAUGAGGUGGACGAGCCUACUGCCGUCACUCCUGCUCCUAACAAGAAUAAGAGAAAGACUGUCACCAACGAAGGUUCGCCCGCCAAGUUGCAAAAAGCUACUCCAUCUACCGCAAAGUCGCUCUUUGAAAAGAUUGCCAGCAAGCCGGCUGCGACCCCCGCAUCUCCCCUUGCGUCUCCCGCCGGUUCUCUGGCUGCUGCCUCUCCCGUUCCUUCUCCCACUCCCUUCAAAUCGGUUGACAAGAAUGCUGCCAAUGGUAAACUGUCUCGCUCAGUGUUCAACAACUCUUUGAAGCCCCCGGUCAACGGCAGCGGCAACAUCUUUGGCUAUCUGUCCGAUGCUAGCUCUGCAAAGAAUAGCGGCAUUGAAGCCGAUGCCGAGAGUGAAUCUGAGUCUGACGUUGAAGAUGACGAAGAUAACGAAGAUAGCCAAGAGGGUGCGCAGAGCGAUGAGCCUAGCGGCGCAGCUAGCGGCGCGGGCGACGUUUCCUCUCAAGCUGGAUCUAAUCUAUUUGGCACCAAGCCGUCAACCGGCUUUGAUGGCAGCGGUGGUGGUUUCAACUUCAACUUUGGAUCGGGAGGAGCAGGACCUUCUGGUGGAUUCAGCAAUCCUUUCACAUCUGGCAACGCCGGCGGGAACUCGACCCAGGCCACGACUUCGGCUCCUGGAGGCAUGUUCACUUUCGGCUCGUCCACCCCGGCGGGAGGUUCCGGAGGCUCCGCAAUAUUCCAGUUUGGUAGCGGCACCGGAAGUCAGCCCUCGCAGACAUCAGCACCUUUGUUUAAUGGUGCGGCCUCGAACACGAGCGUGCCAUCUUUUACUGCGACGGCUCCUUCCAGCCAGCCAUCAUCCAUGUUUACCUUUGGAGCAAGCCAGCCUUCCUCCGGAUUCAACCUCGCACCGCCAGUUGGUGGCUCCUCGACCACCGGGACAAGUAACUUGGCAACCACACCUGCCGGCGGGACUCCGGAACCAUCGACCCAAGUGAAGACGAACAGCAAUGCUGCUGAUAAUAAUGACGAAGAUGGCGAGAAGCACGAGCAGAUUAGCUUGACAGAAGGCGCGGAUAGGGACGAAGACAUUUUGCACGAAGUUCGCGCAAAAGUACUCAAGUUUGUUCCCGCUGGAGAAGCAUCGGAUGCUGAAGAGAAAAAGUCUAAAAGCCCAUGGGCUACCCAGGGAGUUGGGCCUCUACGCUUGUUGAAGCACAAAGAAACUAAUACGGUGCGCCUGCUUCUGCGAGCGGAACCUAGAGGCAAUGUUGCCAUGAACCGGUCUGUACUGCCAGAUCUAUCUUACAAGGCAGAUGAGAAGUAUGUGAAAAUGACUACGUCGAAUGACAAGGGUGACGGCCUCGAAACCUGGAUGAUCCAGGUGAAGACGAAGGAUUUGGCCAAGUCAUUGGCCGAGGCGUUGGAGACACACAAGGCGUUAAACAAGAAAUAA